UCGGUUGUACAUUAUUGAACACGCUCCAUUACAUUACCGUCAGGAGCAGUGCCAAUAUUUACCGUUUACUCGUAAAAUUCUGCACGCGAACGAAGAAAACAAGGGGGAUAAGAGGAUGCCGCGGAUACGAUAGAUCGGACACCUGUACGAUCGGCCUUGCCAUCUUUUGAUCUUUUUCGCGGUUUCAUUCUUCUUGCUGGUCUUCACCUUGGAUCCGCGACGCGCAGAUGCGCAGUCACUUGGCGGCCUAUCCAAUGAUGAAAAUACUGGCAGGCGUCGAGCAAAUCAGCGACAAAACAAUAACAAUAGCCAACAUCAACGAGCAUCAUGUGCACAAUAACAAUGCAAAUGAGAAGCCGCAGUCGUUCGAAGAAGUAAAGGUAGACAAGGAAGGUAUAAAGGAGCUGUUCGAUCGACCCCAACAGUUGGCCGAAUCACCCAUCAAAAAUCCAAUCACUCCAGAAGAUGAGGCCCGUAUGAGGAUACUCCUGCCCUUCCACUUAGCCCCCGAGUACUUGCGGUUUAAUCCCUACAUUCUCAAAGGUUACAGGGGGUACUUGACGACGAAACUGUGCAUUGAGAGCAUAUUCUGGUGGACAAACGAAACGAUUAACAUUUGGAGUCACAUAUUUGGCUUUGUUCUGUUUUGCUGCCUGACCUUCUACGAUCUCUAUUUGGUGAACAUCACCGCACCGUUUGGGGACAAAGUACUUUGCGCUCUACUUUUGGUUUGUUUCCAAGCGUGUAUGAUACUCUCGUCAGUGUACCACACAUUCUCUUGCCGAAGCGAGAAAGACUACUGGUACUUCCUAUCGUACGAUCUACUCGGAGUCGCCCUCAGUCUACUGGCGAUUUACAUGUCUGGAGUUUAUUAUGCGUUCUGGUGUCAUAAGCUCCUUCAGCGCUUUUAUCUUGUUACGGUGCUGGCAAUAUUCAUUGUUGCUAUGCUGGUGCAGCUGCCGCGCUAUCAGAUCAACGAGCACAUCAAGCUUGCGGUGUUCGUAGGCUGGGCACUCUAUGGUGUUUUGCCGACUUUACAUUGGACCGUUGCUAUGGGUGGUAUACAGAAUCCGGUGGUCAAUCUACUGCUACCGCGUGUACUUGGCAUGUACCUUAUCAGUGGCUUGGCAUUUCUCAUUUACUUUAGUAAAAUGCCGGAGCGGCUAUGUCCAGGCUGGGUCGACUUUAUCGGCUCCUCCCAUCAGUGGUGGCACAUACUGGUAGUCGCAGCUCUGUAUUACUGGCACAAUACCGGUAUGAUGUACGUCGAGUUCCGUCUCAGCAAUGGAUGUCCCAGUUUGAGUCAGUUAUGACAUACGGCCCAUGACGACCCGUCAGCACCCGCGGUAUUCUCGAUGGAGUGUGCCUGCGAGAUGGAAAGACGAUGGGCGUCAUCAUUGGGUCGGGAGCCGUCGAUUCCCUACUACGCUCAACAGGACACAGUGACCUGUCUCAUUCAAAAUCCGUUCCUUUUUUACAAGCAAAUGCAGAUGUGAAUUUCUACAUUUAACCAGCAGUUUGUAUUUUUUUAUUUCAGCUGACACAUCAGUGGAAAUCAGAUUUUGCGCGCGAAAAGACGCUUCUUAUGAACUUUCUUUUAAUAUACAAGUGACUAUGGUGUGAUAAUUUAGUGGAUGCUUUCAAAGUGAAGUGAUAUUUUUUUUAUUGUUUGUAUUGUUUUAACGUUGUACGAGGUAAGAUUGAAGAACGAAUUUAUAUCCUCGUUCGAGGACAAGGAUUUAUUUUGUUUACUUCUUUGAUAUUUACAGGUUGUAAAACUUACUGUAUGCGUGGGUGGUUGUUUUUCAUAUAUCGAAUAAAAUGUUAAUGGGGGUUGUUGUUGCCUGUAUUUAAUUAUGUACAAAUAUGACAAAACAACAUGUUUUCUCAUUAUUUGUUAACGACAUGUAUCAUUACUAUAUACCAUAUGUAUGGAUGUAAUUAUACUUCAAUUUUUAUGUAAGGCCAAGAAAUUCAAGGAUAUAAUGAAAUAUUAUUAAUAUUAAUAUGUCGUUAAAUUAUUAAUUUAAUG